AUGGACACGACAAAGUGUGAUCCUUGUAAGGCAAGGUCAAGGUCACUGGCGGCUUCAUACUGGUGCCCGUUUUGUCGCGAGGCAUUCUGUAAAGUUUGUUGUCAAUUCCACCAGACGAUGAAACUAACCCGAAGUCAUAAGGUUCAAGCACUAACUGAACUCAAUCCACGCGACAGAGAGCAAGGAGGUUCUGGACAAAGUUUCCGGCUUGAAACUCUUACCCCGGUUACAUUCAACGAAAAGACACAACUGCGUGAAAUUGACAACAUCUUGGUGUUUAUGGAUGGGCUUAGCGAUACAUCCCUCACACUGAAGAAAAUGUUCUUUGACUUGAAAAUGAAAAAUGAAUCCGAAAAGAACGAGUGCAUGAGAAAAGUGAUCUUGUUCAAGGAACGAUUGAAACAAUUAGCAGACGACUUCGAACGUCACAUUUCCGGAGAACUAGAGUACCUGCAGCAUGCAGAAAAUGUUCAGGUUGAUGCAAGAAUCGAAGAGUGUGAGCAAAUAUUCAACGCACUUGAAAUGUCUAAAGAUCUAGCUCAGAAUAUGAAGACAGAGUACAUUACACCGCAAACGAUCAGCAAAGUGAACGCAGCGCGGCAACGAUGUAACGAGUACAAAUUCACCUUACAAAGAAUACACAGUCGUCUGCAACCUGUAACGUAUAAUCUUGCAAUAGACAGAAACGUUUCUGAUGCGCUCAACACUACUCCUGGUGUUAUUGGAAAAGUUGAAGUGGGCCACGAGAAUGACGAUCUCUUUGACGACCGUGACGUCAAACUAAACAGGCGAGCUAGCAACGUCUCCAAUUUGCCGCGUGUUUCCGGGUCGAUGAUGAGACAACCGGCGUUUCAUACGAAUUCUGAGCAUGCGCAGAAGGUCAACGAAAUAUAUCUUAACCGGAAAGAUGAUCAUGAUGAGCCUAUGAUUACGUCAAUUUGCGUAAUGAGCAACAACCAUUUCAUUACACUUGAUCGUAGUAACAAUAAGCUACUGCUUGUGCACCAGGAUGGUGCCAUUGUAACGUCAUAUGUGUUUACGAGUCAGAUAUGGGAUAUGACGUUAAUUGACUCAUUGACGGUGGCCGUCACCGUACCAGAUAACGAUAAAAUCGUGUUGGUAAAAGUGCGAAAUAAGAAUCUAUGUGCCGAGAAACUAAUUAAAACCAGCAAUAUCUGCUACGGGAUUACCUCGAUUGAAGGUUUUAUGGUUGUAACAGUGAAGGGUGGAUACGUCAAAAUUGUGACGAAAGCUGGAGAAGAAGUGGCGUCAAUACGUCACAACCCACGUGGAGACGUUUUGUUCACCGAUCCACAACACAUAGCAACAAAUCGCGAACAGAAUGAACUUUAUGUCUCAGACUAUACGCUGCAUACAGUCACCGCAUUGUUCCUAACUGGCGUCAAAAUUGACUCGCAGCCGAAAUUCGUCUUCCGUAACAAUGAGCUACAAAACCCCACAGGACUUUGCUUAGACGUUCAAGGAAACGUUUACGUUUGUGGGUAUUCCUCGCAUAACGUCUUAAAGUUAUCGUCUGAUGGCAACUUGUUACUCGCAUUAUUAACAGGAAUCAUGAAUCCGCAGACGGUUGCCUUGACGACCAUGGAAGACCAGUUGUUGGUCUCAAGUCUCAGUACUGGCGGACAGACGAAACACAUGCAAAAUGUGAUAGAGGUUUUCCGAAUAUGA